AUGGAGAGAAUCCUCGCUCUCGGAUCUAAUGGAUCGGGUCAACUAGGCAUCGGACACAGAGAUGAUGUCUCUGAGGCAACAAAAUGUAUAUUUGACAUUGACACCGAUAGCCGACCAAACAAAAACAACGGGAAAACGGUAGAAACAAGAGAUACAGUGAAGCGUAUAUCCUGCGGCGGAAAUCAUACACUUGUUUUGUUCGAGAGUGGAACUGUGUAUGCGGCUGGAUUGAAUGAGGAUUUGAGAUGCGGGGUCCAUAGGACGGAUCUGAAUCGAGGAGAGGACGGCGAUGUUCUCACGCGCUUCAAGCGAGUAAUAUUCCGUCUUGGUGCUACAGGGGUGGAGAUUGAUCGCUUUAGAGACGUAUGCGCGACCUGGUCUGCGAGUUGUUUCGUCGCUAGCAUCCCCAGUACGGACAAGAACGGGGACGGAAAGAAUAUAGUGAUCUCCCUCGGAACAGGCGAUAAAGGUGAAUUAGGUCUUGGACCUGGCCUGCGAAGCACACCGCCUGCAAGAAAUAAGGAUGAUCAUGACUUUAUCGAUGUUGAUGAUUAUGUCCUUACUGACUUUCCGCCACUGAACACGCGCAUUGAAACGAUUAGUAGUGGGAUGAAUCAUGUUGUCACGAUAUUGUCGAAUGGAGAUUUUUAUGGGUGGGGAGCUUCGAGGAAGGGGCAGCUUGGAGAUGAUAUAAAUAUUGUACGGGCAAAAGCGGUUUGGGCGCCUAUGAAGAUAGAUGUGACUAAAUUGGAAGCGGUGCCGACGAGUGUGAGCUGUGGGCGAGAAUUUACAUUCAUCGAUGGCUACAAGAAGGAUGAAACUGGGGUUAAGGAAGGUCAGUAUAUGUAUACGAUUCUUGGGACGAAUGAUAAAUGGAAUAUCGUAUCUGCUGCGCCUCCAGUGCAGACAUUACAAAGAAGCAGUCUGACCGAAAGUCGGUACGAGGUAUCGACCAGUUGGCAUGGAGUUUAUUUACAUAAUACCCUUGACAACUCGGUUAUUGCCUGGGGCCGCAACGAUCGUGGCCAGCUGGGCGUCGACAAACAAUCGUCUGGGAGUCAACAGUCGCUUGUACGUUGGGAAUCUGUCGUGCAGUUCAUGGCUGGAAGUGAGCAUGCUAUCGCUGUUUUGUCAAGAGACAAGACUGUUGUUUCUUGUGGGUGGGGUGAGCAUGGCAAUUGUGGGCCUGAUACAGAUGAACGUGGGGAUGUGAAAGGGAGGCUGAGCCAGAUCCCGCUUCCUGCUGAUGUCUUACACGCGGAGAAGGCAAGGAUCGUUCGAGUUGGCGCCGGCUGUGCCACGAGUUGGAUUGUGGUUUCAUCAUGA